CUUUCAGUAUGUGGUCUUUUUCCUCUUUAAAAUGUACAUCUUAGUAAGCUUGGAGGUCUGGUAGAGCAUGCACUCUAUAAAGGUCUGUAAAAACAAAGCGAGAGUCUGUGCGAUUCGGCAGCAGGGUCUUGCGCACACUUGGAAAUCUCGCGACAGCUGCGCGCGCGGAGCACUAAAGCGCUGCUGUGUCAACACCCCGCGCGCACACAUCCCUCCUCAGCCUGCCGAGAAAUUCACUCUUCUACGAUGAGACUAUGAUGAAUGCAGUCUUUGCUGUCGAUUGUGUAAUGGAGUUGAGGUGAGAAUGGCACUUUAUCAGUCAAAAUCAGCCAAAAUGGGAAAGUCGAGACUGUUCCGCAUUUUUAUGAUUGUGGGCGCCAUCUUCAUGAUCCUUCUUAUAAUCAUAUACUGGGAUGAUGUGGGAGCCUCAAAUUUUUACCUGCACACAACCAUCUCCGGGCCCCAUCCGUCACGCCUCUCUCCACAGAGCCGUCAUGACCCAGAAAAGAAGGUAGAGGAAGACAAAGAGGGCUCGUUUUUGACGGACAUUGAUGCUUUUGUCAACCAGUUUUUAGAAGGAACUGCAGACCCCACGGAACAGGUGAGAGGUGAACCGCCCCCUGGAGACCCCCACAAUCAGUCCUCUGAGAAAUCAGAGGAGAAAUUUGUCCCAAGACGAGAGUGGAAGAUCCAUCUGACGCCAAUUGACCCUGAGAAAAAACAAAGGCAGGAGAGUAGAAAGCAGCUGAUCCAAGAUGUGUGCGGUAACAAAAGUUACCUUGACUUCCCCGGAAAGAACAGGAGUUUUGACGACAUACCCAAUAAAGAGUUGGAUCACCUCAUCGUGGACGACAGGCAUGGGAUCAUUUACUGUUACGUUCCCAAGGUGGCCUGCACAAACUGGAAGCGCAUCAUGAUCGUACUGAGCGAGAGCCUGUUAUUGGAUGGCGUGCCCUACCAAGACCCUCUGGAUGUUCCUCAGGAGCUCAUCCAUAACAGUAGCCUGCACUUCACCUUCAACAAGUUCUGGAAGCGCUAUGGAAAGUUCUCACGGCACCUCAUGAAAAUCAAGCUCAAGAAAUACACCAAGUUUUUGUUCGUCAGGGAUCCUUUCGUGCGACUGAUCUCUGCCUAUCGCAACAAAUUCGAACAAGAGAACGAGGACUUCUACAAAAGAUUCGCAGUCAUCAUGUUGAGAAAAUACAGCAAUUACACGGAUCCGCCGGCAUCGGUCGUGGACGCUUUCGCUGCUGGGAUUCGACCGUCUUUCUCCAAUUUCGUUCAGUAUUUAUUGGAUCCUAACACUGAGAAAGAGAUGCCUUUCAACGAGCAUUGGAGACAAAUGUACCGUCUGUGCCAUCCCUGCCAGAUAAAUUAUGACUUCGUGGGGAAGCUGGAGACCUUGGAUGAGGACGCUGAGCAUUUGUUGCGGAUUCUCCGCGUAGACAAUGUCGUCGAGUUCCCACAAAGUCAUCGCAACCAAACGGUCAGCAGUUGGGAGCAGGACUGGUUCGCCAACAUACCGUUGGAGUCCAGAAAAGAGCUGUAUAGGCUGUAUGAAGCUGACUUUAAAUUGUUUGGAUAUUCCAAACCAGAGAAGCUGGUACAUGAGUGAUAUGCUGAGCGCCAACUUUACUGCGGUGCUGACAGCACAGCACAAAAAAACAGGGCAAUAGGAGUUCCUGCUGCUUGGUUCUUAAUGUGCGGCUCUUUCACGUGAUGCUGUUUAUAAAGGCCCUUUCACAUGACCGGCGUCCAGAUGUUUGGCUAGUUCACAUGGUCCAGUAGGUAGAUACCGUGAUUGAAUCAUCUGCUUCCAAAAAGCAUCUUUCUCCAUUGACAGCUAAAAGUACGGCACCCACAGAUGACAUCAGUAGAAAAAAAAAUGAAGAAUUUGUUUCCACAACUUAAUUUGUUCCCUCAUUUAGUUAAAUUGUGGCCAUGUUCUACUAAUUUGUUCCCUUGUUCAAUUGUGGCCAGGACUGAACUAAUUUAAAAUGAGGGAAGGAAUUAGUUAGCCACGACUGAACUCAAACAAGUGAACAAAUUAAUACAUGGCCACGAUUUAGCUGAAUUAAAAUGAGUGAAUAAUUUAAUACAAAGUGGCCACAAUUCAAAAAUAAAAUAAGUGAGUGAAUUAGGAGACCAUGGCCGUGAUUUAAAUGAAAUGAGGGAACGAAUGAGUACAACUUGGCCACAAAUUAAUAAGUUGAGGGAACGAUUUUCUUACGUUGUGGCCAUAGAUAUCUAUUUUUGAUUCGCAAAUAUUAUAGUUGAUGUUUUAGCAGCACCUGUUUUUUUCUUCUUCUUCUGAAUUUAUAUUUUGAGUGCUCUUAAAAGCAUAAUAUGGACAUGGUUAUUUAAUUUUUUUUCCCUUUGCUGCUGCCUUUUUCCUCAGAGCUCAUGAUGGACACUAGAAAAGGGUUUGAUGCAGUCAGCUAAUCGGCAUUGCCAUGAUCUUACAGCUCAGGUAAUUGGCCAAAAACAUGCUGAAAGUAAAGAUGAUCAAUAAUUCAUGGAAAAAGCAUGAAAAGCAUUGCUGACUGUGUCACUGGCACUUUGAAUAGAUCAGUGAUAAAUGGUGCAGCAAACUUAAUUUUGGUGUUGCGAUAGCAUUUACUCUGUCCUGAGGGUAAUGUUGAGUCAUGUGAAAGAGCCUUUAGGCCUUUGUGGAGCUUGUGGGCAUUGAAAGUAAUACUGUAGUGAAUUCACAUUCCUUGAUUUUGAUGGUUACCUUCUCAAAGAAGCCUGCACAAUUUUUUCUUUUAAUAUAUAUUCUUAACAGUAUUUUAGAAACAAACUCAUCACCUCAUUAGUAUUAUUCUUAUAAUGUGGAUGGAUGUGAUAAUUCCCAGCAAGAGACCUUUGUCCCUCAAGUUGUAUAGCUAUAUGUUUUACCCAAAGAACCACCAAACUAAAAUAUCACAAGACAUUAGGGAUGUAACGAUUCACUCAACUCACGAUUCGAUAAUUUUUUUUACAAAAUUAUAUUUAAGACAAGUUAUGAAUUAAAUGUGUCCUUUUAUUAUUGCUUGGGCAAAAUGCUGUACAUU